CCUUUCUUUUACACUCUUUUACUUUGUAACUUAUAGUAACGUUUAUAUCUUUGUAUAGUUAAGUUUUAUGUGUUUGCACUGUGCUACUGCUGCAGAACAAAUUUCCUGUCAUAUGUCAGCAAUAAUAAACAUCAUUAUAUCAAUUACACUAACUUUAAUAUUAUUUAAAAUUUACUUCAAUUCCUUUUUAAUUGUUGAGUAAUUGUCGUUUUAUUUUUAGACAUUCCGUCACCAUCAGAUUUCUGAAUGAUCCAAGAACAAUAUCUCAUUCUUCCAAAGCAAAAUGCUGGAGGGACUCAGCAGAUCAGGAAGCAUCUCUGGAAAAGGAUAGAUAGUUGACGUGAGUUCCCCCAGCAUUUAGUGUGUGUUGCUUUGGACUGCCAGCAUCUGCAGACUUUCUCCCUUUUCUAUCGCACUAUUGAUUUAUUUGGCAGUUUAUAAUAAUAUUUUCUGUCUGCCGCCGCAUGCCAGUCGCCGCCGAGCCGCUUCAGCCGGCCCGCAUGCCCAGCGCCGCCGACCAAUGGCGAAGCGCCGUGUUGGCUCGAGCGGCUUUCCCGGCGGGCUGCGGGCCGCGGCGCGUCAGCGGCGGUGAAGAUGGCGGCGCUGGUGAGCCGGCUGGUGUGGCUGCAACUUCAACUCUUGGCUGUCUGCUGGGCGUCUGCCGAUUUGCCGAGCCGCCGCUUCGAGUACAAGUACAGCUUCAAGGGACCCCACCUGGUACACAGCGAUGGCACCAUCCCCUUCUGGACGCACGCUGGCAAUGCAAUACCCAGUGCAGACCAAGUCAGGAUAACACCAUCACUGAAAAGUCAAAAGGGAUCUGUCUGGACGAAAAGUAUACUUAGCUUUGAAAAUUGGGAAAUUGAAAUUACUUUUCGCGUGACAGGAAGAGGAAGGGUUGGAGCUGAUGGACUGGCAGUCUGGUACACGGCAGGUCAAGGCCUAGAUGGUCCAGUUUUUGGAGCAGCUGACUCAUGGAAUGGUCUUGGCAUUUUUUUUGACUCCUUUGAUAAUGAUGGGAAGAAAAAUAACCCGGUAAUACUUGUUAUUGGAAAUAAUGGGAAUCAACUUUAUGAUCAUCAGAAUGAUGGUGCAACACAAGCAUUGGGUUCUUGUUUAAGAGAUUUUAGAAACAAGCCUUACCCUGUAAGAGCCAGAAUUAUCUACUACAGAAAAACAUUGACUGUAAUGAUACAUAAUGGCUUUACUCCAAAUAAUGAUGAUUAUGAACUUUGUGCAAGAAUAGAAAAUAUGUCACUUCCAUCUGAAGGUUAUUUUGGAAUUUCUGCAGCAACUGGGGCCCUUGCAGAUGACCAUGAUGUCUUGUCUUUCCUGACAUUCAGACUUUUUGAGCCUGGAAAGCCAAUGGAGCCUGCUGAUUCAACAAUUCCCCAAGAAGAAAAGGAGAAGUAUAGAGAGGAGUAUGAAAAUUUCCAGCAAGCACUUGAUAAAAAGAAAGAGGAAUUCCAGAAAGACCAUCCUGAUGUGCAAGGAGAACAAGAUGACAUGUUUGAAAGUGUGAGUGAGAGAGAGUUACGACAGAUCUUUGAAGGCCAGAACCGAAUCCACCUCGAAAUCAAGCAGUUGAACAGGCAACUCGACAUGAUUCUGGAUGAGCAGAGAAAAUAUGUGAAUCUCGUAAGCGAGGAGAUAUCAAAGAAGGGAACAAAUGUUGUACCACAGAUGGGACAGCUACCUCAAGCAGAAUUGGACAAUGUUGUGAAAUACCAGCAGGAGGUGCUGAGGCAUGUUGGUGAACUGAAGAAUUCAGUAACUAAUGCCCUGAGUCAGGCAGCUCAGCUUCCAGGUGGUGCAACUGGAGGGUAUGAAAUGACUCAGCAUUUCAAUGAUAUCAAAGAACACCUCCAUGUUGUGAAAAGAGACCUUGGUGCAUUGGUACAAAGAAAUGUAAAUAUUGAGAAGCCGAAAUGCCCAGAAUUACCCCCAUUCCCAUCAUGUUUAUCUACAACUCAUUUCUUCAUGUUUGUGGCCUUUCAAACGGUAUUGUUCAUUGGUUAUAUAAUGUAUAGGAGCCAGCAAGAAGCAGCUGCGAAGAAGUUCUUUUGAUGUUACUGUUCUUAGUUUUUACUUUGAUAGUGCCCUGUGAUGAAACAAAGGAAAACUAAAUGAAUUUUUAAAAAAAAAUAUUUUUCAACAAACUAAGUUAUUGUGGGAUGCUAUUUCCUUAAUUCCAAAAUUAUUUUGUGCAUACAAAUUAUUUUUCUACAGCUAAAGAUGAAGCUGUGGGCAGUUAAUUUUUUUUUUGAAUUCUGCAUUAUGGAGUUACAAUGUUACAGAAGAAUGAAAUAGAUGUUUACAUGAUAAGUAAAGCAAUAACUGAGAAUGCUGAUUCUGUUCUUUGGAGGUGUUUGGAAAUAAGUUAGUAAGAACUAGAUGAAAGUUCUUGGGUGCUCAUAACUAUUGUUUGACUUUACAACCAUAUAUUGCUUUGUCUGUACCUUUUUUUUUUGAAAAAAGGGUUUUGUAAUUACACCCUUCUCUAAACUUGUUCUUCUUGGCUUUAAUUCAUGUAAUUUUUCAUGAAUCUUUUCUUGCCUUUUUCAAUUGCAAAUUCAGACUUAAUCUUGCAUUUCAUAAUUUAGUCCCAAGUGGCCAUUUUGUCAAAUCUAACUUUCACCUUAAAGAGUAACCCUGUAUCUUUGACAUUAGUAUCUCUCUCAUUAAGAAAGUUGGUUUUCUUUUUUUUUUGUCAAAUGUUCAGUUCUUUGUUAAAACCCAAGUAUUUUGGAGUUGAGUAUCACUCUUGUACCUGGAAGGAACUUCUGGCACAUUUUCUCUCCCUUCUAAAUGGGAUGCAAAGAAAAACUGCCCAAAAGACAUGUUAGAAUUUUAUAUAAAUUAAAAAGCAAAAUUGUCUUUUUCUGUGGUCUCAUUCAUGUCUGAACUUUGGCCUUUCUUAAUAGAUGUGCUUAAUCUUUUGAAUGUGUACUUCCUUUCAAAUUCAUACUCUCUCUGCUCUGUCCUCAAUUUUUUGAACUCCAGAUUAAUGUUCUUAAUUAUUUCUAUCUGUUCCUUUGUCUGUUGACCUGUAAUUUGUUUAUAAAAUUCAACCUUCUGAACAGCCAGUUAUUUUUGUUUGUGCUGCCGACCAUUGUGAAAGAAAGUCAUUUCAAGCUUGAAGAUUGCUUCUAUGUAUAUCCAAUAUAAAACAACUGAUUAAGUUUAUCCUAAGGGCACUUGGGUGCCCAAUAUUUUGUAGUCUUUGACAUGUAGCCAAGUACUUCAAAACAUCAAUCCAAAAAAAUCCACAAUUUUGUUCAAAUUUUAUUCUUGUCUAACUUCCUUAGAGACUCAUUCCAGUAGCAUACUGUAUAGUGUAAGGCUGAAAGUGUGUGUGUUUUAAAUGUAUGAAAAAUACAUGCUCUGAUAAUCAAUAUGUAUUUGAAUAUCCAGAUCAUUCUUCAGGUCAAUCAUGUUGAAGAAAUCCUUGAGGAUGCACAGACUUGCUCUGAAGAAUAGGCCAUUCACCCCUAGUUUGUAAAUGUAGAUAAUUCUUGAGAUUUGAUUCUUUCCCAACCAUGGCAGUUGCAUGCACUCCCCGUUAGAGUCCUUUAUCCCCCAAGUCUUGACCAACUGCAUUAGAAGCGUUAUGGGCCAUCCGUGCACUGGUGGGUAGUGUGGAUUGUUGGCUGGUUAUAAUUUAAAAUAGAAAAGGGAAUUGUAUACAGUAAUGGACAUUUGAAGAUCAUCUGUGAAAUUUCCUUUAUUUUUUAAAAGAAAGGAAAUUGUUUUUUUUAUUAAUGUCCUCUUGCAACUCAAGGAAACCAAUUUAUAUUUGGGUGUUGACAGACUUUAACCAUUCAACUAUGAAAUGUUUUAAUGAAAUAUCUUGUUAUAUUAAAAGACAAGACGAUUGAAUGGUAUUAAAACUGUUUGAAAUUAAGUUUA